GAGUGGGAAUCUGCAGCAGAACAAGAUCACAUAGCCGGGAUACCCAGUGAGAGGCUGUCGACUGCCCAUUACUCUAAAAUAAGAUAUGAGGGAUGGAUUUUUUUUAUCGGACUGGACCCUCCAGGUCAUGUGAGUCCUAGAGACAUCCAGUGUGGGAUAGCGGCGAUCAAGUCGUUGUGCUAUUUUAAGGGUCAAAAUGAUGACUUCAGUGGUUCAACUGAGUGAUUUUGUCGUUUCUUGUCUGUUUCUGAUCAACUGGAUAUCAAUCGAGCUGUAACUUUUGGCUUGACUGUCGGAGUGACUGUAGCGCUCUGCUUACUGAGUGGAGAAAGAGAUGUGUUGAAACCAGGAGGCACAGACAUGAUGGUUCUCUGUGGCUAUUUACUUUUCUGCCUCCCGAGGAUAGAGUGGUUCUACCCGUAACAAAAGAGAAGAGUUGGAAAAAAGGAAGCCUGAGGAGAAUCAUGCAGCAGUUUGGCUGAAAGACUGGGGGCUCUGAAGGAAAAGGAAAAGGAAAUCAACAAUUAUUGAAAAACCUUACACACAAGGAAACUACUUUCGUGGCUCACCUCUCAUUUCCAGUUGACACCCUGUUCUGGGGCGGAGCUGUCACACUUCCUGUGAGCCUGGUCAGUUUUGUAUGAGCCGGGCUGAUAGUGUGAAGCCCCGCUGGCUGUGCCCCCCUGAGGCAUGAGUGUGGGAAGGGCCCACCACCACAACUUUGUGUCCUGUGAAGAGGAAGGCCUGAGACUAAGUACCAUGCCUGCUGUGGGCAGCUUUGGCAAUGGCAAAAUUCACACGAGACGCAAAUACCACAGCCGGUUCGUCAGCAAGGGUGGCCAAUGCAACAUCCACUUCUCAAACAUGGAUGAGAAGUCACAGCGGUACAUAUCGGACAUUUUCACAACAUGUGUGGACAUCCGCUGGCGAUACAUGUUCCUGCUCUUCGGCCUGGUGUUUGUGGUGUCCUGGCUAACAUUCGGCUUGGCGUUCUGGGUCAUCGGCCUCCUGCACGGUGACAUGGACCAUCCCGGAGGGGACGACAGUUUUAUUCCCUGCGUCACACAGGUCAACACCUUUGUGGCAGCGUUCCUGUUCUCUGUUGAGACCCAGACCACCAUCGGGUACGGUGCUCGUUGUGUGACAGAGGAGUGCCCGGGAGCCGUCUUCAUGGUGGUCUUUCAGUCCAUCAUGGGCUGCAUCAUCGACGCCUUCAUGAUUGGUGCCAUCAUGGCCAAGAUGGCAAGGCCCAAAAAGCGCGCAGAGACUCUACUGUUCAGCCACAACGCAGUCAUCGCUUUGCGCGAUGGGAAGCUGUGCCUCAUGUUUAGGGUCGCUAAUCUAAGGAAAAGCCACAUCGUGGAAGCUCAUGUGCGAGCCCAGCUCGUCAAGCCCCGUUACACAGAGGAAGGCGAAUACAUCCCCCUGGAUCAGCUCGACAUGAACGUCGGCUAUGACAAAGGCACGGACCGCCUGUUUCUGGUUGCACCCCUCACUGUCAUCCAUGAGAUAGAUGAAGAAAGUCCACUGUUUGGCAUCAGUAAACAAGAUCUCGCAACAUCCGACUUUGAGAUAGUGAUUAUACUUGAAGGUUUGGUGGAGGCCACGGCCAUGACGACGCAGGCACGCAGCUCUUACCUGCCCUCAGAGAUCCUGUGGGGUCACCGCUUUGAGCCCGUCAUCUUCGAGGAGAAGAGCCAGUACAGGAUAGAUUACGCCUACUUUCACAAAACAUUCGAAGUACCCUCAACCCCCGGAUGUAGUGCCAAGGACAUGGAGGAUAGAAAAUUCCCAGCAUCUGGCACCAACUCUUUUUGCUAUGAGAACGAGCUGGCCUUCAUGAGCAGGGAUGAGGAGGAUGAGGAGGAGGAGGGAGAUGUGGAGAAAGAGGAGAACAGGGAGUGUUCAUUGGAGCUAGGUAAUGAGCAGGGAGGUGAUCAAAGGUCCUCCCGUAGAGAAUCGGAGAUUUGACCUUUUGUCGUUGCUGUUUGUUUACUUUAAGUUUCAGAACAAUGCAGCGUGUGAAGAGCCCUGUGAUGUCAUGCUACUGACAUGAGAAUACCUGUACAGGUGGAGGAACAGCAGUUCUGAUCUGCAACAGACAACAAUGAUGAAACUUGUCACAUUUCUCAUUGGAAUAACUUUUGCUUCACUGGGAUGGUUACGGAGUGUUAUCAGAUGCAAACUAACUGUCCUGUUUCAACUAGCAGAUGAUCCAUGGUCGUAAAGUGCAUGACAUAAGCAUCAUUUUGUAUGAAUAUUUUGAGACAUCCUUCAUAGUUUUGGUGAGACCUCCUCUAGGUGAUGUUCACAGCACUCAAAUAUACAAUUUGCAACUGAGGGACAUUUGCAGAUUGUGUUUAGAAAACUAAACAUUGAGAAGAUUAAUCCGGAUUAAUUGUUUAAAAACAGAGGAACAGCUGCUUUUCUUCUUAAUUAUAUUAUUAUUGAUAUUUCUAUGAACAAUAACACUGACUAUUCUGAAUCAUACAAUGUCAAUGGAUGACUUGGUUAAUUGGCAUGUAUACAACUAAUAUACAUGGAUGGACUGCAUGUAUAUAACACAUGACAAGUUAUAGUUUUACAUAUUUCCAUGGCAGAAAGGGAAACACACUUGAUGGUGAUCAUGCAUCAUGUAUUAAAAGGAAAACUAUUCAUCUCUGUCUUUGCAUUUCAACCAGAAGGAAACAUUUGACCUGAGUAGAUUUAUUUCUCAACAGUUUUGCAGAAACAUUGACAACUACAGCUAACUCUUACUUUUUUUUAAUCUGACUUUUUUAUGUCUUAAUGCACUUGUGACUAGAUGAUGAUAUCAUGAGGAGGCAAAAGCUAACAGGUAAGCAUCCUAACAGUUGAUGAUCCUUGGAGAAUAUUUGGAAAUAUAGAAACAGCCUCGUUUUUUAUAUUGCCAGCGGUCAGUCGUAGUAUUAUAAGACAAAGAAGUAAGAAAUGUACGAUCAGACUGCUAUUUCACUCGAACAUGACCCUAUUUAGAUUCCAUACUACAGGCAAGACACAGAUUAGUUUCAUUUAUUUUUUCUUAUUUCAAAAUAUUAUAGCCUACUACUGUUUGUCUCCGGUUUCACAAAAGAAGAAUAAAAAAUAUAUUUUUUAUUAUCAGGACCACCGCUAAUACUAUCUCAGGUUGGCUGGUGUUGGCUGGGAUGGCUCGAGAGGAAACUACCCCAAAUCCAAAAAACAGCGAGACCCCCAGGAUCCCAUGUUGCUCAGCUCAAUGUCCUUUUGAGAAGACACAUGAAGGAGACGUUUCACAGGCUCUUAUGUUCUCAGCAAUGUUUCACAAGCUCAAAUCAACAGCGUAUACAUAAUUCCUAUAAUCCUAUUACAUUCAAUAUAUUAAAAUCUGCCACCUAACGUCAUACUCCCUGAAAUCUACAAUUUGCAGUGGUUGAAAUUUGGGGGCAGAAUUUUUUUUUUCAUUCAGAGUGCAUUUAACAAGUUGUUGUAUUUUGAAUAUCAGAGAUAGCCCGUUGCAAUGUGAGUUCAUAACUCUCCAGGAGUGUCCAUGAGUGUUGGUGCACCUUUGGGUCACUCCACGGCCGAGCUCCCAUUCUGCUCCAGCAGACUGCAGAAUAUUUAGGGAGGCCAGUGAUGGCUGCAUGCUCAAGGACCUCCGGUACACGUCCUCAAAACACCUUUUAUUGCCUGUUUGACCGCCAUCGACUGCCGGCUGACUCCUCACUCAAACUCUUUCCUCUGCACCCACAGUUUGUUCACUUUGUUAGGCUAACAGCUCACAGCUAACGGAACUGCCAGCACACACCCUGUCAGGGGGUUCAUUUUGUUUUUAGCAAGGUCGUGUGACGUGUCUUAUACAACGACUUUGAGGCACACAUUGCAUACGUGUUGUUUUUUACUGAAUUAAGUAUGUUUUUACGAUGCCUCACAGGCUAUUGGUGUCCGGACUGCGGGUUAGCUAGUUGUUGGUUGUGUUCAUUCAAGCGCACAAUCCAGCAGACACACCUGGUGCAGAUAUGCACUCCACUGAGUGCACCUUUCUAGUUGAAUUUGGUUCUAGUAUUGAAUCCACUGAUGGCCUAUAAUGGUUUCUGUUGUUUUUCUGUGCUCUUUUGGCCAGGGGCAUUAAUAAGUCUCUUUCUUUUUUUGUAUAUUAAUAGGACAACACGUAAUAAAGAUGUUAGGUCAGACUGUACGUGAAUUAGUUUUUCUUCCGCAUUUCUCAAGCAAAAACAUCCAAGUGAGUUCAUUCAUAUUUCUGAUUGCCAUUUCAGCGAAUAUCAACACAUUUGUCUUUAUCUCUUGCUGAUUUGUGAUGAACGUAUCAGAAUGGUCUUGCUCCAGAAAGAAAAUGGUGGUUCUACUUCUAUUUCAACCAAGAGCAGGUUGAGUAAGACGGAAGAACUCUAAUUUGUGCAUUUGUCAGACCGCUAGUGUAAAUAAGAAUAUACACAAUAUAAAUUGUUAUUAUUUGGGGUUUUAUGAUGUUUCUGGCUGAAUAGACAAUAAGUAAUGAUACAUUAUUUUUUUAAACAGUGUUAAUAUCUUAGGCUACAUUUUUCGAUCAAAGGAAGGAGCUGGAAUGUUUCGACUGAAUUAAACGACCUCUUCUUGUCUUCCACUAAAUGCAUAAAAAGCAAUCUUGACUCCGAGUUGCACCUCAAAUAAAAAACUUUUUUUCUAUGACAACAACAUAUAAAUUGACAGACAACUAAAAAAAAGUAACUUUUGUUGAUUUGCACAAUAAAAAACAUCUCACAAAGCCAA